UUUCUCCCGACUUGGAUGCUCAGAGGGGCAGUAAGAAGAGAGACAAUUCCUGGCUUCCCUUAGAGGGCCUUGUUCUUGGCAGAAGCUCAAGUCCUGAUUCCCGCCCUCCCUUCUCGUUUUAGGAAUAUUGUUCUGAGAAGCCACAGAAAAGGGUAGGCGUAUAGGGAAUUGGGGUGUACGUUGCCGCACAAGAGACAAAUAUUGUACGUAUUUGGAAGUUUGACCUGUGAUGUGUAAUCCUUUUAAUGUGGCUUCCUGUGAUCUUUGCUGCAUAAAGGCCAAAAUGUGAGAAAUUAAAUGAGUUUAAUCUGAUGGGAUGGUUCUCGCGCGUGCUCCAAGACAAAGCAAGUAUGGGCUUAUUUUGCCAAAGAAAACACAGCAGUUGCGCCCUGUUUUGCAAAAACCAUCAGUGUUUGGAAAUGAUUCUGAUGAUGAUGAUGAGUAUUUUUUUAUUUUACAGACCUCCGUGAGUGAAAGUCUUCAGAGGGAAGCUGCUAAGAAACAGGCCAUGAAACAGACCAAAAUGGAAAUCCAGAAGGCCCUUGCAGAAGAUUCCACUGUGUAUGAAUAUGACAGUAUUUAUGAUGAAAUGCAGAAAAAAAAGGAGGAAAGUAACCCCAAGUUGCUUUUGGGAAAAGAUCGAAAGCCGAAGUACAUUCACAACUUACUAAAAGCAGUUGAAAUUAGAAAAAAGGAACAGGAAAAAAGAAUGGAAAAGAAAAUACAGAGAGAACGAGAAAUGGAAAAGGGAGAAUUUGAUGAUAAAGAGGCAUUUGUGACAUCGGCUUAUAAGAAAAAACUGCAAGAGAGAGCUGAAGAGGAAGAAAGAGAAAAGAAGGUUGCUGCACUAGAAGCACGUUUGGAUGUAACAAAGCAGAAAGAUCUCAGUGGAUUUUAUAGGCACUUGUUAAAUCAGGCAGUUGGUGAAGAGGAGGUACCUAAGUGCAGUUUUCGUGAAGCCAGGUCUGGGAUAAAGGAAGAGAAAUCAAGGGGUUACUCUGAUGAAGUAAAUUCAAAGAACAUAAUACCACAGGAGAAGUGCAUUCUGGAAACUGGUAUGAAAGUGGAGGAAAACCCAGAUGCCGACAGUGACUUUGAUGCUAAGAGCAGUGAGGAUGAUGAAAUGGAAGAAAGGAAACGGAACUGCUGGCGGGAAAACAUCACAGAGACCUCAAAGGAUGAUUCCAAGCAUCACAGGACUCAGACACACUCACGGUCAUCUAGUGAAGAAAGAGGACAUGGUGCCAAACACCACACAAAAGAUUCUAAGUCAAGAGGACUUGAGAAAAGGCAAGAUCAGCACCAAGAGAGGCAGUCCAGAGACCAAGAGAACCAUUACACUGACCGUGAUUACCGGAAAGAGAAGGAUUCUCAUAGGCACAGAGAGGCCAGUCAUAGAGAUUCCCACUGGAAGAGGCGUGAACAAGAAGAUAAACUGAGGGCAAGGGACCAAAGAGAAAGAAGUGACAGAGAAUGGAAAAGAGAUAAAGACAGGGAAAAAUACUCCCCAAGAGAGCAAGAAAGACAUAGACAGCGAAAUGCUCAUGACCGACACAGUGAGAAAGGAGAGAAGGAAGAGAAAAGCAGAGAAAAGGAAGAAUAUGUGAAAGUAAGGAGGGAAAGAUAUGAAAAUAAUGAUAAAUACAGAGAUAGAGAAAAACAAGAAGUAAAUGUUCAAUCUUCAGAAAAAAACCAAGCCAGAAAGGAAAGCAGCCCCAAUUCUAGAGCAAAGGAUAAGUAUCAUGACCAAGAAAGAGCCAACAAAAUGAGAAACAUGGAAAAUGACAAAGAAGGAAACCAAGAGAAACCCUCUAGUUGUGAAACAUCCCCAGGAGCAAAACAUAGACUCACAGAGGAAAGGCAAGAGAAGGACAAAGGACGGGAGAGAACCCCUGAAGUGGUGAGCAAGUUUGCAAAGCGAAACAAUGAAGAAACGGUAAUGUCAGCUAGAGACAGGUACUUGGCCAGGCAAAUGGCACGGGUUAAUGCAAAGACCUAUAUUGAAAAAGAAGAUGAUUGAGGGCUGCCCCAUUUGAAAGAUCUCUGGAAGCACAGAAAACUGUUAACUCCUGGAACUAGCUGUGUGAAAGAAUAAAGGGAGUGUAACAACAGUG